AUGCAUCUCGAAACAGUUUGUUUGAAACACGAAGAGGAGGAGAAGGUCCACUCGCCUACCAACACCGAAGAGGAGGGUUACAGUAGUGGAGAUGACAAGGAUAUGAUGAUGGAUAUCGAUUCUGGAAAUGAGAAUAAUGGAGGAUCAAAAGGGACAAAUGGUGAAUUGAAGAGACCCGAUUUGAAAGGUUCAUUCCGUUGCUCAAUUUGCUCCAAAGUAUUCUGCCAUUCUUCCAGUCUUUCCCGCCAUCGCAUGCAAGCUCAUUUCAAAAGCUACAAGUGUACUGUAUGCCGUAAAGACAUUUCAAGCAGUGAAUCUCUCCGAACCCACAUGUUCAAACAACACCAUAUCUCUCGUAUGUACAUGUGCCGCUGCUGUAAUUGGGCAUUCCCCGACAAGUCCCUUCUUCAUAUUCAUCUGCAAUCAGCCAACAACAACAACAAUAAUUUGGAAGUCAUGCCGCACUCGGUGAUCAAUCGUAGUUGCCACGUCAUACCAGAUCCCUUCCAAUUGAUUCGGAGCCCACUUCUCAACCUGAAGACACCCUCAAACAUCGAUUGUUCAAUCGCAUCACUUCCAGUCCCAACCCUCCCCAUCCCAGCUCUUCAGUCACCUAUCGCAAUGCAGACACCACCACAGACACCAUCAUGGAUGGCCACCCUUCCAAAACCAAUUCCAACAACAACUCCAAUUUUUGUCGCGGAAUCACCGAAAAAAGUGAAGGAAGAGGAGAAGCAUGAUGUAUACAUCUCACAAGUACCAACAUGCUCGUUCAAGUCUGAUCAGAGUGCUUUCCACCAGUUGAGUUCCGAUCGAACCCUCCUCGCAUCUCCCCUCAUUGACAUCGCUUCUCCUUCAUCGUCAUCUUCAUCGUCCAGAAUCAGCCCACGACACGAUUGUUUCGACUGUCAUAUCAACAAGACAAAGCUGUCGCUUGCUGAAACUGCACUGAAAUUUUUGGAAGCACAAAUGGUGUCUAUGCGACAGGAGAAUCUGGAGGCCAAUGCGCAGAUGAAUGGGUUGGAGCAGACAGUGUUGAGAUUAAAAAUGGAAGCUCACGUGCUCAGAGAGCACAAUGAGUUGUUUCAAAGAAAAUUGUUGGAAUGCCAGACGCUCUCCGUCAAAUUCCUGCAGUCCGACAAGUGCCACGAGUCAUCAGAAGUUAACGCAUUCCUCCGUCUUCUCAUAAAUAACACAAUUCUCUCAAACUCCAAUUAG